UACAGGCAAGCAGUCGAGCAGACGACUUCGUGGCAAACGUUUCUGGUACAGCGGCUGGUGAACAGCAAAGCGACGCGAUUGUGUUUCCGUUACAGUUUGAAUCGGUUUCAGAAAGUGGGUGCUGCAGGAGCUUACUUUGGGUGCGAGGCAAUUCAAUUUGUGAGGCAGUGCCAGUGCGGUCGAUCCUUUCGUCGCGUCGAUAGCGGAGGAAACUCAAUUAACAGGGACUUUGCAGUUGAAACGCUCCCAGGAGGACAUCCACCAUCCACGAUGCAGGCGGUGCACAAAUCUGCACACAACAGCAGGCGGCUGAUGCUGUUGCUCUCCAUGCUGCUCAAUGCCGCCAUCCAGCCACGCUCCAUUGUAGUGAGCGCCACGGAUGAUGUUGCCAAUGUGUCGCCCUGCGAAAUGGAGUCCCUUAUAAAUCAACUGAUGAACCCAGAGUACCAGCUACACGCCUCCGCUUUGCGCAAUCAACUGAAGAACCUACUCCGAGAACGACAGCUGGCCGUGGGUGAGGAGCAACCUUUGGGUGAGUACUCAGACUACAUGGAGGAGGACAAGCGCUCGGUGGCUGCUCUGGCGGCCCAAGGCCUCCUGAACGCCCCGAAGAGGAGUCUGGCCACCCUCGCCAAGAACGGACAGCUGCCCACGGCGGAGCCUGGCGAGGAUUACGCCGACGCAGAUUCCGGCGAGCCGAGCGAGCAGAAGCGCUACAUUGGCUCCCUGGCCAGGGCCGGCGGAUUGAUGACCUAUGGCAAGCGGAACGUGGGCACCCUGGCCCGCGACUUCCAGCUCCCCAUCCCCAACGGCAAGCGAAACCUGGCCACAAUGGCCCGCCUGCAGAGUGCUCCCUCCACCCACCGGGAGCAGCCGAAGCGGAAUGUAGCCGCCGUGGCGCGCUACAACUCGCAGCAGAGCCACAACCAACGCGCCGGAGCCGAGAAACGCAACCUGGGAGCCCUGAAGUCUUCGCCGGUCCAUGGAGUGCAGCAGAAGCGCGAGGACGAGGAGAUGCUCCUGCCCGCCGCCGCCCCCGAUUACGCCGAUCCCAUGCAGAGCUACUGGUGGUACCCCAGCUACGCCGGCUAUGCUGACCUGGAUUGGAACGACUACCGCCGGGCAGAGAAGAGAUUCCUAGACACCUCCAAGGAUCCCGAGUUGUUCGGCAUCGAGCAUGGCAACGAUGCCACUGCGGUCGCAGACGAGGCGGAUGAGGAGCCGGAUACGGAGCAGUUGCCAUCGCCGCAGAAGCGCCACAUUGGUGCCGUGUACCGCUCCGGAUUCCUGCCCAGCUACCGCUACCUGCGAAGCCCAGGGGGCGGUGGUGGCUACGGCGGGGCCGGGGGGCGUUUCAGUCGCUCGGGACGUGACGCCAGGCAAUUUGUCGGGUACUACCCCCAACACGAGCGACUGCGUCAACCCACCGCAGCCGUUUGUAAGCAGUGUUUCAUCCCCAACCAACCGAUGAUCAAUUGGAGUGGUGCUGGCAUACGCGGUCGUCUCUCUAAGUACUACGUGGAUCCGGAGGCCGCUCCAGCGCGCAUGCCCAGCCUCUCCACCAACUCGCUGCCUUCGGGACGCCCUCCGCGUCCGCUCCUGCGCUCUGGGGCUCCAGUCUAUCCGCCCUUCCACACUUGGGGCACUCCGCCGCGUAUCACAGCACUGCAUCGACGAGAAUUCCGACGCAACUUGGACAAUUACGAAUACUAAAUAUCGACAAUAUACUCUUUAUGCGAAUUACGCGAUACAGAUUACCUUAAUACCGUAGCCGGAAUAUAGAACUAUUCAGUGAAUGUACUAAAUGUAGAACCCCAAACUUAUUGGUCAAGUCACACGCAACACCUGCGGCCCUCUCAACUACCGAGGCUAGCGAGUGAAAUCGAGAGCUGUAGUUGGAGGUGCUCCACUUUGUAGGAUCUGUAUUGCUAUAACUCUCAAUGUAUAAAUUAUAUUUACAAAACUGAAGUAACUGAUAUCAGUGCAAAUCGAAUAACGAUAUAUAUCAAAGCAAAUCAUAUCGUCUCUAUCAUUUUAUCUCUUGAAGGAUUAGUGCCAAUGUUGUACCUUGCAAGAACUAGAGCUCGCUCAAAGAACUUUAUCCUUCAUUGCUAAUAUACUGAUACCCGUUUAGAUUCCUUUCCCAAACGUCUUUUAUGUGUAUAUGACAAUAAAUAUUUCCCCUAGUCCAAAGCUAAGUAUUGCCACCAACGAUCAUUAAUAUAUGAGAGUGUUAACAAACUGCGUCAGAGACAAUAAAACUUGGUGAGAAAUAAUGAAAGUAUCAAUUUAUAUAUACAUAAUUAUAUUAUACAUACAUGUACUUCAGACAAUAAAUAAAGUAUUGACAAUAAAAUAUAACAGGAGUAUCGAGUACUCCACUACAA